AUGUGUAGAACCAAAAGUUAUCAACAACCACAUCAGGCACAAGCGUUCAACUACCCUAAUUACAAGGAAAAUAAUAAGUAUUGCCUAAGCUCAAAUAGGUCAUCAAAUAUAACUUCAAUUGAUACAGAACAAGCAGCAACAACAUCACAGCACAAGUGUUCAGAUUCAACUAUUGAUAAUGAAUAUUUAUUUAUGUUGAAAUCAGAUAAUGGUAAAUUUCCAUAUGCGAAAGUCACAUUUAAUGAUUUUCGUGGUAAUAAUACAAUUACAAUGAUGAUUGGUACUGGCGCAUCUAUUAAUGUGAUUGACGAACAAGCAUAUGAACAAUUAAAUCCAAAGCCAAAUUUAAUUGAAAAGAAAAACCAAGCAUGGGGUUUUCAAUCAGAUAAACCAAUUGCGUUUAUGGAACAAUUUACAUGUAAUGUUUCCGUAAAUGAUAAACAAAUCAAUGCUGAUUUUGCAGUGGUAAAAGGACGGGAAAAAUGUAUUUUAAGUUUUGAAUUAUGCAAACAGUUGGGUAUCGUCAAAAUACAAAGCAACGUUCACAAUAUUAACGGUAACGAAUUCGUUGGAAAAGUGAAACGUGAUUAUCCAAAUGUUUUUAGGGAUAAAGUCGGUAAGCUUAAGAAUUAUGUCGUGAAUUUAGACAUUGAUAAAAGCAUCAAACCAGUUAAAAUGAAGCAUCGACGAAUUCCAUUUAGUUUAAGAGAAAAAAUGAGUACAGCUAUUACGAAAAUGUUAAAUGAUGAUAUUAUUGAACCUGCCAGUGGUCCAACAAAAUGGUUGUUACUAGCUAUGGCAGUUCCAAAGAAAAAUGCUGAAAUACGAAUUGUCAUUGAUGCACGUACAGCGAACAAAGCAAUAAAACGAACACGUCAUAUAACACCGACAAUUGAUGAAAUUGUAUCAAACAUACAUGGUGCAAAAGUAUUCUCCAAAAUAGAUUUGCGACAAGGGUUUCAUCAAAUUGAAAUUGGCGAAUCAAGUCGUUAUAUCACAACAUUUAGUUGUCAUGACGGCCUAACUGUGAACAUUGAUAAAUGUGAAGCAAAAGCUCCAACAACACCUGGUGAAGCAAAUAGUUUAUUAGGCCUAAGUCAAUAUUGUUCAAAAUUUAUUGAAAAUCAUGCAAUGAUUAUUGAACCAAUACGUAAAUUAAUGCGUGAUAAGGCAGAAUGGAAAUGGGGUGAAGCUGAAAACAAAGCAUUACAAGCAUUUAAAGAGGCAUUAGCUAAUAAAUCAUUAGCGUUUUAUAAUCCAAAAUGGAAUUUGGAAUUGGUCGUUGAUGCAAGUUCAAUCGGUUUGGGUGCAAUAUGA